AUGACUCACCAAACACAUGCUUACCACAUAGUAAACCCAAGUCCAUGACCAUUAACAGGAGCCCUAUCCGCACUUUUACUUACAUCAGGCCUUACUAUAUGAUUUCACUCCAAUUCACUGCUGCUACUCAUAACAGGCCUCACAUGCAUACUACUCACAAUAUAUCAAUGAUGACGUGACAUUAUCCGAGAAGGAACAUUCCAAGGACAUCACACCCCUGUAGUACAAAAAAACCUACGAUACGGAAUAAUCCUAUUUAUCCUAUCAGAAGCAUUCUUCUUCCUAGGAUUUUUCUGAGCUUUCUACCAUUCAAGCCUAGCCCCAACCCCUGAAAUUGGUAGCUGUUGACCCCCUACAGGAAUUCACCCACUCGACCCAUUUGAAAUUCCUCUACUAAAUACAUCCAUCCUACUAGCAUCAGGAGUAUCAAUCACAUGAGCACAUCACAGCUUAAUAGAAGGCCAUCGCAACCACACAAUCCAAGCACUAUCAAUCACAAUUCUACUAGGAUUAUAUUUUACUAUAUUACAAGCUAUAGAAUAUUACGAAGCCUCUUUUACUAUAUCAGACGGAAUUUAUGGCUCCACCUUUUUUAUAUCUACAGGAUUUCACGGACUACACGUAAUCAUUGGCUCAACAUUCUUAACCGUAUGCCUAAUACGACAACUUAAAUAUCACUUCACAACAACACACCAUCUUGGCUUUGAAGCAGCCGCAUGAUACUGACAUUUCGUAGAUGUAGUAUGACUUUUCCUAUAUGUAUCAAUCUAUUGAUGAGGAUCAU